AUGAUCCCCUCACCUUCCCCUAGUACUGGUAUCAUUCCCUCACCUUCCCUCAGUACUGGUAUCAUCCCCUCACCUCCCCCCAGUACUGGUAUCAUCCACUCAUCUUCCCCCAGUACUGUAUCAUCCCCUAUCCCUGCACCUUCCCUCAGUACUGGUAUCAUCCCCUCACCUUCACCCAGUACUGGUACCAUCCCCUUUACUUUCCCCAGUACUGGUACCAUCCCCUUACCUUCCCCUAGUACUGGUACCAUCCCCAUUACUUUCCCCAGUACAGUUACCAUCCCCUUUACCUUCCUCAGUACUGGUAUCAUCCCCUCACCCUCCCCAUUACUGGUAUCAUCCACUCAUCUUCCCCCAGUACUGGUUUCAUCCCCUAUCCCCUCACCUUCCCCCAGAACUGGUAUAAUCCCUCACCUUCCCCCUGUACUGUACUGGUAUCAUCCCCUCACCCUCCCCAUUACUGGUAUCAUCCACUCAUCUUCCCCCAGUACUGGUUUCAUCCCCUAUCCCCUCACCUUCCCCCAGAACUGGUAUAAUCCCUCACCUUCCCCCUGUACUGGUAUCAUCCCCUCACCUCCCUCAGUACUGGUAUCAUCCCCUCACCUUCCCCCAGUACUGUACCAUCCCCUUUACCUUCCCCAGUACUGGUACCAUCCCCUCACCUUCCCCCAGUACUGGUACCAUCCUCUUUACUUUUCCCAGUACAGUUACCAUCCCUUUUACCUUCCUCAGUACUGGUAUCAUCCCCUAUCCUUCCCCAGUACUGGUAUCAUCCCUUCACCUUCCCCCAGUACUGAUAUUAUCCCCUCACCUUCCCCCAGAACUGGUAUAAUCCCUCACCUUCCCCCUGUACUGGUAUCAUCCCCUUACUUCAUCAAGUACUGCUAUCAUCCCCUCAUCUCUCCAGCACUGGUAUCCUUCCCUCAUAUCCCCCAAUACUUGUAUCAUCCCCUCACCUUCGCCCAGUACUGGUAUCAUGCUCUCACCCUUCCCAGUACUGGUAUCAUCCCCUCACCUUCCCCAAUACUGGUAUCAUCCCCUCACUUCCCCAGUACUGGUAUCAUCCCCUGA